AUGCCCUCUGGAGAGAACAGUUCCCAGUUCUCGGCGGAAGAAUACUUCGCCACUCAGCCGCCGCCUGCGUCACUUGAACAAGACGUCGCCCGCGUCAGAGACUUUGUUGCGCGGCAGAAAACGGCGGGCCGGAAGGUCGCGCUCAUUACAAGCGGAGGAACCACAGUACCGCUUGAGCUCAAUGUUGUGCGGUUCCUCGAUAACUUUUCAGCGGGCACUCGCGGGGCCACUUCAGCCGAGUACUUCCUGAGCGCAGGAUACGCUGUCAUCUUCAUGCAUCGACAAUUCAGCCUGCAACCUUUCAGCCGACAUUACUCUCAUUCGACGAACCCCUUCCUGGAUUUGCUCAAUGUGAACUCGUCCGGCGAUAUAGCUGUCGGCCCAGAUCAGCGCUCCGAUCUCGCUGAGGUUCUAGCUGCCUAUCAGACAGCGCGCGACUCGGGCUCGCUACACACCCUAACCUUCGUUACCAUAAACGAUUACCUGUGGCUUCUACGGGCGGUCAGCAAGGAGCUCGCCGACUUACGCAGUCGGGCUUUGUAUUACUUGGCGGCAGCUGUCAGCGACUUCUUCCUUCCCCGGCAAAGGCUGUCAGAGCACAAAAUCCAGUCAGGAAAGGGUAGCCUGCUCAUCGAGAUGGAUCAAGUUCCCAAGAUCCUCAAGACGAUGGUUGACGAGUGGGCGCAAGAUGGCUUCGUCGUGUCUUUCAAGCUUGAAACGGACGACGCACUGCUGAUCCCGAAGGCACAAGGCGCCCUUGAGCGUUACGGGCACCAGAUCGUUGUGGGUAACGAACUUCACCGGCGCAAAUACGAAGUUGUCUUUGUCUCGCGCGACCCGCAGAGUCCCGAGGACAUAACAUCCUCUUGGCUUCGCAUAGACCCGAAAGCCUUGAAUGCUCGUGGAAAGGCAAAGGAAAUUGAGGAGGAAAUUGUCAGAGAACUCAAUGCCCGGCACGACGCUUGGAUCGCGGCUCGCGCUCGCUAG